AUGAAAGAAGCUGGUGAUAGCUCCACAACGCCACCUAAGCCCGACACCACCUCGGCUUACCAGGUCGGCGGCAUGACAUGCGGAUCGUGCGUCUCCGCCAUCAUCAACGGCCUGGAGGCAUGUCCCGGUGUCACAGAAGCAGCUGUGUCUCUGGUCACCGAACGAGCCAGUGUACACCACAACAAGAGCAUAAUCUCCGCCGAAGAGCUGCAGGAAAGAAUAGAGGACUGCGGCUUCGACGCCUCGCUCAUCGACUCAUCGCCGAUAGCUGCGCCCGUCAGCACACCCAUGGAACGUCUCAAGGUUAAGAUCUUCGGAAUGACCUGUUCCAGUUGUACCAACGCAGUGCGAGACACUAUCCAGGACAUUAGAGGCGUCGCCAAUGUCGUGGUUGCUCUCGCGACUGAGGAGGCCACCAUUUCUUUCAAUCCCCAGGAAUGUGGAGCUCGAGACAUCAUCAACGCCAUUGAAGACUGUGGCUUUGAGGGCGUCCUAUCUGCACAGCAAGAUAACGCUACCCAACUAGCAAGCUUAUCUCGAAUCAAGGAGAUACAGAAAUGGCGAAGCGACGGUAUCCAGUGUUUCAUUCUUGGUCUGCCUGUGAUGUUGCUCACUCAUAUUCUUCCCAUGGUUGGUCUCCAGCCUCUGCAUGAUCUAACCAUCUUCAAGGGCCUGUACGUGGACGAUCUCGUCUGCUUUGUGCUGGCAACAUACAUCCAGUUUUGGCUGGGCCACAAGUUCUAUGUCUCUUCGCGACGAGCUCUGUCCCAUGGAACUGCCACCAUGGACGUGUUGGUGGCCAUCUCCACCUCCUCAGCCUACUUCUUUUCUGUCUUUUCCAUGCUCUAUGCGAUCGCCACUGUGGCCGAUACUCACCCUCAUACUCUGUUUGAGACUUCGGCAAUGCUGAUUGCCUUCACGACCCUCGGAAAAUACUUGGAAAAUCGAGCCAAGGGACAGACCUCGGGUGCCCUCAGUAAGCUUAUUUCCCUGACUCCUACCACUGCCACUAUUCUCAAGGACUCCUCCAAGUACGACCCCAGUAUUGUAUACGACGAGUCUGCCGAGAUGGAUAUUGCUGCCGAGCUUCUUCAGAGAGGUGAUAUUGUCAUUCUCAAGCCUGGUGCCAAGGUACCUGCUGACGGAGUCGUCGUUUCCGGUGAAACUUAUAUCGAUGAGUCUCUUCUCACUGGAGAGUCUACUCCUGUGGUCCGAAAGGUUGGAGACCAGGUUGUGGGUGGCUCCAUUAACGGCUCUGGGCGUAUUGACUUCCGAGUCGAGCGUGCUGGUAAGGAUACUGCCCUUGCCAACAUUGUCCGGCUAGUUGAGGAGGCCCAGACCUCUCAGGCCGAGAUCCAGCGAUACGCCGACAAGAUUUCCGGAGUCUUUGUGCCAUGUGUUGUUGCUCUUGCCCUGCUUACCUUCAUCUUCUGGAUUAUCAUGAGCAACGUCAUGAAGCAUCCUCCUAACGUCUUUUCUCUGCCCGAAGGAAAGUUCCUCAUCUGUCUUCGUCUGUGCAUCUCUGUCGUGGUCGUUGCUUGUCCCUGUGCUCUUGGUCUUGCCACUCCCACAGCGGUCAUGGUCGGAACUGGUGUUGGAGCUACUCAUGGUAUUCUUGUAAAGGGCGGAGCAGUUUUGGAAACCGCUUCAAAGAUCAAGACUGUUGUUUUCGAUAAGACUGGUACACUCACCACCGGCCGAAUGACCAUUCAAAAACACGUCUUUGAGAAGGAUACUCUCAAGAACCUCAACAUGACCGAAACUGAAAUGUGGCUAAUUCUGGCUGGCGUGGAGGCUUCGUCUGAACAUCCCAUUGCCCAGUCUCUAGUUCGACAGGCGAAGGAGGCUGCCCAGGUUGAGGAUGUUCCCGGUGUGGCUGACUUUGUUGCUAUUGUUGGUCAGGGUGUUACUGGUGUAGUUGAUGGCCACAGUGUUGCUGUUGGCUCUUCUGAGCUUGUCAACUCGUCCUGCAAGUCGCUGGAUAAGCCCCCCGCCACCCCUCACUCCCCUGACAACCCUGCUACUGUGAUCCAUGCUUGUGUUGACGGCCAGUAUGUCGGUUACAUGGCCUUUGCUGAUAGCGUCAAGUCCGACGCUCGAGCUGCAGUGUCUGUGCUCAAGAAGAUGGGAAUCAACGUCGCCAUGAUGACCGGAGACAACCACUUCGUUGCCCACGCUGUUGCUGAUGAGGUCGGUAUCCCCCGAUCCAAUGUCUGGGCAUCGACCUCGCCUGCUCAGAAGCUCGCCAUCAUCGAACAGCUGCAGGAGCCCCAGGACCCCAACGAAGCUGCUGACUCCACAGAUCUGUCUCUAAAUGCCUCUGUGGUUGCCAUGGUCGGCGAUGGUAUCAACGACUCGCCUGCCCUGGCCAAGGCUGCUAUUGGAAUUGCAAUGUCCUCCGGAACCGACAUCGCCAUGGACGCUGCCGAUAUUGUGCUGCUCAACAAGGAGAGUCUCAUGGACGUCCCUGCCUCCAUUAACCUAUCGCAGGUCACCUUCCGACGAAUCAAAAUCAACCUCGUGUGGGCCUCCGUGUACAACCUGAUUAUGAUUCCCUUUGCUAUGGGCUGCUUCCUGCCAUUCAACUUUAUGCUGCACCCCAUGGAGGCAUCUGCAGCCAUGGCGCUGAGUUCCGUGUCUGUUAUUGUUUCUUCUCUGGCUCUCAAGAAAUGGCAACCCCCCAAGGACACCGAAUAUGGCUCUGACGAGUGGCGAGACAUGGAGAGCCAGACAGUCAAACCCAAGCGGCGUUGGUGGCAGAAGCUCUGGAGAAGCGAGGGUGUUCGAUACGAGCGGCUCUAG